AAUAGUCUAUCCAUUAUCAACUAGAUUGUUUUCUAGUAGUACAAUAAUAACAUGUAUAUUAGUGAAGAAUUAUACAAAUAAAUCAAAAUCAGCAAUCAUUGGAACAUUAGCCAUGGGCAUAAGUUGGGUUGUGUCACUCCACCUUUGAGACCAAUUUUGAUUGGGAUAAUAAUAGAAAAAGGACUGGAAGAACGUUGAUCACUAACCCAAAAGCACCGAGGGCCGAAGGGCCAAGGGGACAGGAGGAGUUAACGUGUAGAAACCAUGUUUGGCCACGUGGGAUACUGCUAAAAAGGACUGGAAAGAGGAUGUUGGCCAUUCCUCCUCCUGGACGCUCCCAACAAAAGAGGAACCGUUGGCAUUAGUUGGGAUCCUCUUAUUUUUGGAAGAGGAAACAAAGAAGGGAAACUUGGUCUCUGCAGUCUGCAGACUUCGGUUCUUCAGUCCUUUUUUUUUUUCUCUUUCAUUUUUUUUUUCUUGUUGUUGCUUUUCUUUCCUCUUUGCAAGGGAAAGAAACUAAACGAUUCCAGGAAGUGAGAUACACCAUUAGAACUGUAAGGUUAUAAUUUGUUUUCCUUGUUUACAAAGAAAAGGGACUUAGGUUUUACAGGGUCUUUGAGUGGUAGAGACAGGGAGACAGAAAAAGACGUUUUUUUUUUUCAUUUGCAAGAAAUCAGAUAAAAGGUUGAAGGGACAGAUAGAGGCAGAGUGAAGAGUUUUUAAGAUGUUUUAAAGCAUUUUGGUAAGGAAGAAAGGGUAAAAAUCCGUUUCUAGUUUGAGCAGGGAAGGAGGAAGAAGAUUCAAAGCCGUGCAAGAAAAAAAGACUAAACGUGUCCUGUUGAUGCUGCUUGCCUUUUUUUGUGUAUAAAAGUAGGAAACGGAAAAGGAAAAGAGUUGGGGUUCUGGUUAUAAACAAGAAACCUUAAUAUUUCUGUUGUUCUGGAUAAUGAGAUUUGAAGCAUAAUGGAUUUCUGGCCAGAGUUUCUUGCAAGUAGCUGGGGAAGAGAAUUUGUGGCUGGUGGUUUUGGUGGCAUUGCUGGUAUCAUCUCUGGCUAUCCACUUGACACCCUCAGAAUCCGGCAACAAAGCACAAAUUCAGGGUCUUCCCUUAGCAUCCUACGCCGGGUUGUUGCCACGGAAGGACCUGCUGCACUCUAUAGAGGCAUGGGUGCACCAUUAGCAUCAGUUACCUUUCAGAAUGCUAUGGUUUUCCAGAUAUACGCCAUUCUUUCACGAGCAUUUGACUCAUCUGUUUCUGCCACCGACCCCCCUUCCUACAAAGGUGUUGCUCUGGGAGGAGUUGGAACUGGCGCCCUACAGAGCGUGAUGCUCUCUCCAGUAGAACUAGUAAAAAUCCGGUUGCAAUUGCAGAGUACAAGUUACGCAACUAUCCAAUCAGCAAGUGCUCACACAGGGCCAAUUAGUGUUGCUAAAGGCAUACUGAAAACAGAAGGUUUAAGAGGACUAUACCGGGGUUUUGCUAUCACUGCCCUUAGAGAUGCACCUGCUCAUGGAUUCUACUUUUGGACGUAUGAGUAUACGCGAGAACAGCUUCACCCAGGAUGCAGAAAGAGUGGCCAAGAAAGCCUGAGAACAAUGCUGAUAGCAGGAGGUUUAGCAGGGGUUGCUAGCUGGGUUUGCUGCUAUCCCCUAGAUGUUAUAAAGACACGACUGCAGGCUCAGUCACCGACGUCCCCACAAAAGUACAAUGGCAUCAUUGAUUGCCUCCACAAAAGUGUAAAACAGGAGGGAUAUCGGGUGCUAUGGAGAGGGCUAGCAACUGCUGUUGCUAGAGCUUUUGUAGUCAAUGGGGCUAUAUUUUCUGCUUACGAGAUUGCAUUGAGGUGUUUAUUCAACAAUGGAAACAUUCAGACAGAGAACACAAUCUAGAAUAAACUGAGCUUAAGAGUUGAAAGGCUCAAUGAUAUAGACCAUAUGAUGAUAAUUCAAUAAAAAUUUAUUUAUAGCUUCUAAGAGCAGGCCAAGAAUCAUGUAUGAUAUGCCAUGAUGUUGAAAGACCAUUAGAUUAUAUAAAUGUUUCUAGAAAGGGAAAAAAUUGAAAAAAAAAAAAAUCAUUGUAAUCUAUUUACCCUUUCAGCAGCUGAGAAGACUUCACAUUGCAACUUCAACGUCUAGAAUCUGAUCAAGCUUAAGAAAUUGUACCACGAGGAAUAGAUUACCUCUAUGCAAGAAGUCACAAGAUUAAUUGACCAAUUUAUUCUACAUUAUUUCUUCAGGACUAUACAAUCAGAAACAAUGGAGAAAUAGAUUGUAUGUCCAGCAACAAACAGCCAGAACCCUUAUCUAAUGCAUUAUAAAAUGAACACAUUCAUUCGCUUCCAUCCUUUGCUUCCAAAUCAUCUAGUGUGUUUAAUAAGCUAGGGAAACUAGGAACAAGGAACGAAGGUAAACUUUUUUGUGAAUUCCACAAGUUUCAGAAACGGUAAAAACAGGGCAACCAACAAGUAAAGCAUAAAUUAUAGAGAGACUAAGUGGACCCUUUUAAAUAAGCUUGGAGCAUUGUAUUGCUUG